AAGUAAACAAUACCAGCUAAAAAUAACAGGGUAAUAAAUCAAUAAAUUGAAAAUAUGUUUUCUAAUCAAUUCAAAACAACACUUUAGCUGCAACAAUAUGACCUAUUGGCUUCAAGUUUUUUACCUUUUAUCUCUUGUUCAGCUUUGUUGCUGCUUAGACCUUUAUCCGUAUGGCAUCAACAAUGGAGAUACUGAGUUUAAGAAGAAUGACAGCAUGGAACAAUUGCUCUUGUCAAAGCCAAUGCCAUUGCUAUCAGAGAAAGCAAGGAAAUUUUAUAUAAACAAAAAGGCAUAUAUCGCACUUAAUAGAGCUGAUAUUUACCUACAUGAUAUGGCUCUACCUGAAUCAUUAAUAUUCAUUUACACUGAUGAUGCGUUUGAACUGAAAGAUGGUUCACAUAUAUACUACAGAGAAACAACUAACAUGCGUUUACUCUCAAAAGCAACACAUCAAAUACGAAAUUUUACAAAGAAUAACGACUACGAAGCUUCUCAAGUGGCCAUUUUUACCUACAUCAACCUUUCCAAACAAUACAGCCAUACAAAGACAUCAAGUACGUUCCAACUGGUAUUGGUGUCAAAUGGGGAAACAAGUUUCGCAAUAUUUAAUUAUCAAAAGCUGACAGAAUAUGAAAAAGCGAAAAGUGGGAUUUGGGAUGCAAAAGCAUCCUGUGGAAGAUACCUUAGCCAAUAUGAAAACAGUUGGCUGUUACCUAAACAUUCUAACGUUGGACAGACUGGUGUUUACAUAUUGCCAUUGACCAUUACCUGCGAUGUAGAUCUUUUACCAUAUGGCGUAUCAGUUGGCGACGCAGUUCUUGAUUUUCAGGAAAGUUCUUACCAUAAUUUAACCAGCGUGAAGACAAAUAUGUCCAGGAUAAAGCUGUCCCGUCCCAUGCUGCUCUUUUCAAGAUUAUCAGAUGAGCUUUAUAUUUCUCCGGACGGUAUAAUAGCGCCAAGAUUGCCUCUUAUGAAGGAAUUCGUAAUCAGAGGAUUGCCAGGCACUACAACGUUUAUCGCCGCUUUGGUUGAUGAUGUUAAAGAAGCUCGUAACCGCACAUUUUACAGGGAGAUUUUUGACAAAAUUUCAUUACAACAAAUUUCUAAACAGAUCAAGUCGAAGUUCCCAACUGUAGAAUUUGAAGCAAGCCAUGCAGUCGUUGUAACGUUUUAUAGACUUUCUGAAUGGGACUAUCAGUACACUAAAACACUAUACCCUCACCAGGUAGUUCUUGCGUCUGAUGGAAAAACGACUUUCGGUAUUGUGACUUGUGAAGUUGCCAGCAUGAGAGACGUAUUUGUUGAAUUUUCAGAACGUUUUUGUAGCGAUGCAGCGUAUACUUGGAAACAUCCAAUCAUUAGUCGUAAGAACGUUAACCAGGUCGUCUGGAAACUAACAUCUAAAAAUUGCAGAUAUCCUACCGACACAGCUCUUUAUCCGUAUGGUGUAACAAACUUAGAUAAAACAAUGAAAGAGACAAGUGAAUAUGAAAUACUUGAAUUGCACAAGCCUAUCCCGUUAUUCGGCAGAAGACUAAAAUCUUUAUAUAUCUACAGAAACGGAAUGAUUACAGAUACAAUAUACAAGAACUUCACAUUGCCAUUGGCUGGAAUUUCUGCCUUCAUGUUUCCUGGUUACAAAAUGAGCCGAUUGAAAGUAUCAGAUACAACCAUAUACUACAGAGAAAUACUGGAUGCAAUGCUAUUAAAAAGAGCAGCAAACGAUGUUCGUAAAUUCUCGAAAGACUCUUUCACUGCGCUGCAAGCAGUUGCUGUGACAUACAACAUGGAUUUCGUUGAUACACGGGGUCGACUCUAUAUAAAAAGAGUGCAAGUUGUUUUGGCAUUUGAUGCUAUUAAAGGAUACAUUAUCUUCACCUACGACCGCACUGAUGUCUGGUGGGCGUACCGUGGUUACUCCAAUGGACAUGACGGUUGGACAUUCCUGACUUUACCUUGGAGCGACCCAAUCGUAUCUAUGGACUCAAAUGUUAAUAUUCCCGGACGUUACGUACAUGCUCUGAAUGCUGCGACUAGGGUUGCACCAGUGGAAAGUCAAACAGAAACGCGUGUUAUGAAUGCGAAACAGGGUGAAACAGUUGAGUUAAGUUGGAAUGCACAUCAGAAGCUUGAAUCCUUGGUCAUUACUUGUCGUUACAAUGGAGAAGUCAUUGCAAUGGGAAAUCCAGAGGUUUUCAUACCAAAUCAGCACUUAAGAAGACAAAUUGUGACAACCAUCACUAAUGAAAAAUUUGUCAUUACCUUACAAAAUGUGACGGAAGAUGAUGCAGGAAAUUACACAUGCAAGUCCACGUCGACGCAAUUCUCAAUCAACUCCAGCAUUAAAUUAAGUAUUUAUGAUGUUCCAAAGGAUUUACAGCUCUCAGAUUUGGUGCAGUUUCAAAUAAACUUCAGAUACUCCGACUUGACUCUUAAUGGAAAUCCUAUUGGUGAAAAGUCUCUGAAUGUUCUCCUUGAGCAAGCAUUUCGUGGAGAAAUCAGGCUUAACUUCUUUCACCUUCUCCAAAAAAUUCAUGGUGCUGCACUCAAGAAUGUGGUAGUGAAAACAAAAAUGAGAUCAUCCACAGUAAUGAUAAGAGCAUCUUUGAAACGAGACUUGCUUUCUCAGAGUUAUUCGAAGAUGAAACAUGGACUCAUCACAUUAUUGAAAGCUCAACGUAAACGACUAACAAAACAGGCAAGUUUCUUUCAUGCAAAUGUGGAAUUAAAAAGCUUUGAUGUUAACGAUUUCAAUGAAUGCUCGUCAAGAGCAGGAAAAUUAUUUUGUCAUCAACAUGCGAUGUGUUACAAUUUUCCUUUUUUGUUUACGUUCGGAUGCAAAUGUAAAGACGGUUACAUUGGAAGUGGAUUUAAGUGUGAAAAAGCAGAAAAUCAAAAGUUGGAUUUUAUACACGCAGUGUCGAAAUCAGUUUCUGUGAGCUUCUCUUUGGAUGAAGUUAACUUUUGUGGUCUUGGCAAGACAGAUCUUCUUAGGAGCGAGCCCUACUACAGAACAUUCAUAAAUGAUACUUUAAAUAGCGUCAAAGCAAUUUUUGAAAAAGCGACGAAAGCGAUAACAUUUGUCACUAACAUACCUGAAAAUAUGCCUUCAACAAGAAUUUUCGUCAAAAUUGAGAUUUUAUCCGCAUAUUUUGGAACUAUCGAUGAACUUCGACAAAGCAUCCUACGUUCAUUAAAGCAAAGUAAAUUCGUACUUUUUAAAAAGGGUAGCUCUUAUGUGAAAGUGGAUCGAAAAAGUUUUUUCUUAACAGAUUACAAUGAAUGUGAAAGCGGAAAAUCCUUAUGUUACAAACAUCAAGUCUGCGUCAAUCUUCCUCAAUUGAUGACAUACGGAUGCAAGAACUAAAAAUAAAGGUGCAUGUCCACUGACUACGGACAUAACGAAGACCCCGUAUAUAUUAAAAUUUUAUUUGCAGCACCGUUCAUUUCAUUGUAUUUAAAAAAAAAAUGUUUGGUGAUGUCUUUACAAGCAGUAGUUCGAUCA